AUGGCCAAAGAAAGUCGUCCAAGGAAACUGGUAAAAUCGAGAUAUGUAUGUAUAAACCCUGAGCUCCCAAUCGAAAUCAUAUUCUGUCAUAUACUCCCACGGCUACCACCAAAGUCUCUGAUGCGGUGCAAGUGCGUAUGCAAGUCUUGGUCUUCCCUCUUCCGCAGCCCUUCCUUUGUCACCGACUUCAACAAUUUUCACUGCAACGACAGAAACAAGAGCACCACUAACUUCCUUUUCCAGAAGAAUAGUCGUUUGUUCUCUUCAAAGAUAGAGGGGCAACAAGGAGAGAAUAAUUUUCUAAUUCCAACACCCAUAGCCCAACUUCCACUCCAGACUCGGAGCAAAUUUCUCGAACGUUAUCCUGAUCAUGUGCAGUAUAUUCUAAAUCCAACACCUGUUGCCGAACUUUCAUACCUGAGUCGAUGCGAAGCUCUCGAAUGUCGUCCUAAUCGUGUGCAAUGUGUCCAUGGUUUGGUUUGUGCAUCCUCUAGGUGUGGUCCUGUUUUCAUACUUAACCCUAGCACUCAAGAGUCCAUCGAACUUCCCUAUGUAAUAGAUAAUUACCGCUUCGCAUACGCUACAUAUCACUUCGGCUAUAGUCCACAGACUAACGAGUAUAAGGUUCUCCAGAUCUUGUUCUUUCGUCUCAACCGACUUAGCAAUAGGCAUAUUCGGGUCAACACAUUCACCCUAGGUAGGGAUUCUUCAUGGAGGCCAUUGCAGGUAGACCCUGCCCACCUUCGUUUUUUUUAUGCUAUAGGUCACGCCUUUGAGAUAAGGAAUGGGAGAAGUACUGGAUGUGUGUGCCUGAAUGGGGCCAUACACUGGAUCCAUGGAACGGAGAAAAUAAUAGGGGUAUUUGACGUUAGGGAUGAGACCUUCAGACUGGUGUCACUACCUGAAGAAUAUGCACGAGAGUUUGGUCCAGAUAAUUAUGGCCGCAAUAAGAUGGCUUUCCCUACAGGUGUUGUUGAGGUGGGAGGAUGUGUGGGUGUGUUUGCUGACUCGUCGUGGGGACACAAUGAGAUAGUGUUAUGGAUUUUGAAGGACUACCAGAACCUUGUGUGGGUUAAGGAGACUAUUAAUGUGAUGCCAAGAGGAGCAGGCUCUGUUGAAGCUUUGGGUACAAUCCAUACAG